AUGUUUGCCUUUGACCUGAAUCCGCUCGAAGCGAAGCCUGACAUCGAACCGGUGGCGGAUCCUAAUGCCAACUCCACCGAUCUCCGAAAAGCCUUAGAAUGGGAACUGUCCCUGGACGGUCGGGAUUUGCGGUCCCAUGCCUGGUAUCACGGAGCGAUUCCUCGGGCACGAGCCGAAGAAAUUGUCCGAGAGGACGGCUGUUUUCUAAUUCGAGAUUGUACAUCUCAACCAGGCAACUACGUCUUGACGUGUCGAACAAAGAGCCAUCCGCUCCACUUUGUAAUAAAUAAGGUCUUUUUGCAACCGGAUACUGUAUACGAACGAGUGCAAUAUCAAUUCGAAGACGAAGCCUUCGAUACCGUACAAGAUCUGAUAACGUUUUAUGUCGGAUCAGGGAAGCCGAUAACCGUAGCCUCGGAAGCUCGCAUACAAACUCCUGUUAACCGAAUGUACCCAUUGUCUUUUUAUGCUUGCAAAUAUCCCACGCCACUUCCUCCUAGCAGAUUAUCUUCUCCUGCAACAACACCUAUUGGGGGAAUGCAUUAUCGACAUAGUCCUCUUCAAGCCUAUAGACCUAGUUGUUCGCCGACGAGAAGAGAUUGCGGACCAAGGUUACCAUCGAAAAAACAACGAUCCCAAUCGCUCACCCCUGCCGAGGCCAACCGAAUGUCCCAAGAAAAGUGCAACAGCGCAGACGGUGUCAUUCAGUCGCCUCUGAUGACCAGAUCAGUAGGCUCAGAAAGCGUUAGUUCUGGACUCAAAUUUUCCACUCACUCGUUACCACGCACCACACACAGUACUAGACUGUCUUUGUCUAAUAGUGCAAACACUUUAGGUAGACAUUGUAGGAUAACCAGCGACCCGACACUAUCGCCCUGCGCAGAAAGGCGUUCGGGGGCCGACGCAGGAGAUUCGGGCUUCGAGUCGCCGCCCCCAAAACCCUCUCGCAUUCCGGGAUUAGCCAGAGCAGAGUCGGUGGACUCCGCAGCUUUGGGAUUCCCCUCGCACGGAAGCCUGCAAAGAGUGACUUCGUAUCAUGCGAGCGGUUCGGAUUCCGGUAACGGAUCAGGCGAUUCUGCUCUGAGUUCAGCUGCAGGAGAUACGGUUGAUGUUCCAAAAGGUGUGAUAAUCAAAAAUCCAAGGUAUAAUAAUAUGACGACAUCAGAGUCGUCGACAACAUUGAAAAAUUUCGAAGUUGACUAUUUGGAAAUUGAAGAAAAGUUGAUGCGAUUACCAGAAAUAGUACCGAUUAAAUUCAAUAGCAGAUUCGAUCUUGAAAACUUCCAAACCCUCCUUUUACCCUCCAACGAAAACAAACCCCUAGACGCCCAAGCACUGCGACGAAUCAAAAUGACUUUGUCCGAAUCAGGUUCCCGGAUUCUAGCCAAUCAUCUAACGAGAACCGAUUUGGACUUGAUGUUUGGCAAGUACGAACCGGAAAACCAUCAAUCGAAAAUGUGUAGCGGUAUCGAGCUUUGUACGUUGCCACAUGGUGCGCAGUUUAGGGCAGAGUGCCUGAAACUUCUCGUAGCUGUUAGUAUACUGACCUGUGCUGACGAUUCGGAAAGAACGGAAACCCUUAACAAAUGGAUAGAGAUUGCAAUAGACACCAAAACGGCUCUAGGGAAUCUCUUUGGGUUUUGUGGAAUAAUGCUGGGUUUAUGUUUACCUCAGAUUGAAAGACUAGAUAGUACGUGGCACAUGCUCCGUCAAAAAUACACCGAUUCUGCCUUCAAUUUCGAAGCCAAACUCCGGCCGACUCUGAAAAAUAUGAACAGUUGCUCAAAUCCGCAAGCUCCAAACACCACAAUACCACAUCUGCUACCUUUGAUUCUACUUUUGGAACGCGACUUGCAAGAUUUCCUCAAUCCCACCGGUCAAAGUCAAUUGGCCGGCAGCUGCUUGAGCCUUUGGGAAUCUAGCACGCAAGAUUUUGGCCUCGCCACUCUUCUGAAUCAUCUACAAUCGGCCAGGAAGUAUAUGGAGAUGCGCCACAUGUACCAAAGAAAUGCCGAAAUCGUUUUGGGAGAAGCUAGAAUGGACGAAUUAACGCUGGACAUGUUCAGGACGGAAUUUCAUUUGAAAUUUUUGUGGGGAAGUAGAGGUGCUUGCGCAAACGGUCCAGAAAGGCAUUGCAAGUUCGAACAAGUACUGACAGUGAUGGCCGAGAAAUAUUGUAAUGUUAAAAGCGAAUCUGAGGUUUAG